AUGUACUCCCCUGGAUCUUCAGGAACAGAAGAACAAAAGUAUAACUGUACAGAGACAGACCACUUAAUAACUCAAGAAAAGGUCCACUUUUUGCUUAACUCUCGGAAUAUAAUUCUUGCAAACUUAAAGUUAUACAAGUACGCUAUUAGCCACUCAGCUGUCUAUGAGCAGCUUCCUCGCUUUACUGGUGAUGGAGAAGCGGCUUACAACUUCUCACAAGGUUAUGCCAGUUACCCCUCAGGAGGUUCUGAUGUUUGCCAAACUUACCUAGAGCCUGUUGAGAAUUGAGUUCUUCAUCAAAGCCCAGGUCCAGAUAACUGCACAGCUGGGUUCGAAAAGGUUGGCUCCUUCUGCUUUGAGACUUGCGGUGAUGGAGUGUUCUAUGAGACCCCUCAAGUAUUAGGAUGAGAUGAUGGCAACACAGUAUCAGGAGAUGGAUGAGAUCAGUACUGCCAAGAAGAGGGUACCCCUCCUUGCUAUUCGACUCAUCUUAGCACAUCCAUCUGAGAGAAAAGCUGAGGUAAUGGAAUAAAGCAAUCAGAAGAUAGCGAGGAGUGUGACGACGGUAACCUUACUGAUGGAGACGGAUGAGCCUCGAACUGAACAGUUGAGACAGGAUAUUCCUGCAGUGGAGCAGAUGGACAACUUAGCCAAUGAAUCCCUUUUGUUUGUGGAGAUGGCAAGAAACAGUCAUCGAUUAGAGAAGAAUGUGACGAUGGAAACCUAGUAGAUUGGGAUGGUUGACAUCAGGAUUGCACAAUUGAGGCAUACUAUAAGUGUACUGGAUCUGAUGGCUAUCUUAGUCAAUGAACUUUAAUUGAGUACUGAGGGGAUGGUAAGAAGCAGUCAACUAAUUCUGAAGAGUGUGACGAUGGAAAUAAUUCAAGUGGAGAUGGGUGAGAUCGGUAUUGCAAAAUUGAACCCAAAAAUGUUUGCACAGGAUUAGAUGGAGAGAUUAGUAUAUGCUCUCCCCAAUGUGGCAAUGGAGUUCGAGACUCAGGAGAAACAUGUGAUGACAAAAAUUCUAUGAGUUUGGAUGGAUGUGAUUAUUCCUGCAAUAUUGAAGAAAACUACAUAUGAACUAAUGAUGUUGCACUUGCUAGAGACAUUUGAAUUUCAAAAUAUUUUCCUCCGAUUAUAUCUAAGAAUGUUCUGACCAUAGAAACCUCUGAAAUAGUUUACACUUUUAAUGACUCGAUGAUAGAGCAUAAUUUUACUGGAGGAGAAAUCUCUAUGAGUGUUUCCUCUCCCUCCUCUUCAUAUGAAGUAGUCUGGAUAGCAUCAUUUGAGAAAGAGAAAGAGCUUAAGAUCAAAUACUCUAUAAUCCCUGAAAUUUUAGGAGGAAAUGGAGAGAUCUUACAAGUUUCACUUGAAGAUGUCAAUGCUUUUACUUCCCAGGAUAAUAUGGCAAUAUCAAAUAGUAUGCAAUAUAAAUACCAGUUUGGAGAAAUUCCAGCCUCAGCUACGACAGAAGCAACAGGCUCUGGCGCAACAAUCAUGUUCUUCCUCACCUUUGGGUUUUCUAUUGGCGUAAGUGUGUUGACAGGAUCUUCAAUGGAACUAAUGUGGAGUUUAACAAACACUUUACAGAUAGUAUUUAUCCUAGGACUUUUGAGAUUGCAUUAUCCUUCAAAUCUCAAAGCAGUAUAUUCUUACAUGAAAUAUUCUAACUUCGAUAACCCAAUAACUAAGAAGCUUUCCGAGAUAUCACUAAGUAGCCUCAGCUUUGUAUCAUCACCCAUCAAUGAAGACUUUGAAGACUUGGGAUUUGGCUCAUCUAACGUCAUCAUCAACUCGCUUGAUAAGAUAUUCUUGAUCUUCCUUUUAGGACUGACCGUCAUCCUGGUUUAUUUACUCUUCCUGUGUUUCGAGAAGAAGAAGAGCUGGAUCGCUAAAAAGAUCGAUAAGGUUGACAAGUCAUUACGAUAUGAGUCAUCAACAAGAUUUAUAGUUGAAAUUUCGAUGAAUUUGUGUAUUUCCAUCAUGAUUAAUGUGUUCUAUGGAUCAACAGAUACAGUGUUUGAAGUUCUUUCUCUAGUAUUUGCAAUUGUACUGUUCUUCCUGCUUGUAUUUGUCUUUUUGUAUGCAACCAUUUGGCCGAUGAUAUAUUUUAAGGACCUACAAAUUUAUCCAGACCACCAUGAGAGACAUUGCUUUUUGUUCUUGGAGUUCAAGACUCAGCAUAUAAAAUGAGUUUUGUUCUAUUCAUACUUCACACUCAGAAGAAUUCUAAUUGCUGUAGUUGUGAUAGGGUUGCAAAAUUUUGCACGGAUCCAAAUAGUCUGUCUGACAAUACUGUUCUUCUGGAUAGCAAAGUACCAAGUCAUACACCGGCCUUUUAAAACGCAAACAAGCAACUUUCUUAACUGUGUGAAUGAGGUAUUUCUGGUAAUUUUCUGAGUUGUCCUGCUAAACUUCGUUAACCCAAGUGAUGCAAACAAAGCCAAUCUCUUAGGAUUCAUCUGUAUUAGCAUGAUUGCUGUUUUCUUUAUAAUCAACUGGGGACUGAUACUUCCGCUGAAGGUCAUAAGCUCACUCAGAAAAUGCGCUAAAAAAUGUAAAAAGUGUAAAAAGAAGACAACUGAAGAGAAGGAAAGAGAACGACUAAAAAAGGUUCUGAAAGAAGUAUAUGAAGCAAGAAAGCAUGGACAAAAUAAUAUUAUCAGCACUAAGACUCCAAAACGGAAUCCUCAAAUCCACAGCGAACAAUACCAACGUGACCUCAAAAAUAUUAAGGUUUUCAAGAUGCCUAGGAAUAAUAACAAUUAA